AUGGAUCCAAUAUCAGCGGUUAGCGAAGAGCUGGCUGAGAUCGAAGGACAAAUCAAUGACUUAUUCCGUGCUUUAUCAAAUGGAUUCCAGAAGCUGGAGAAGAUCAAAGAUGCUAGUAGGCAAAGUAGGCAGCUUGAAGAACUCACUGACAAAAUGCGUGACUGUAAGAGCCUUAUUAAAGAUUUCGACAGGGAAGUGAAAAGCUUGGAAAGUGGAAAUGAUGCCAACACUAACCGGAUGUUGAACGAUAGACGACAAUCUAUGGUUAAGGAACUAAACUCAUAUGUUGCUCUUAAGAAGAAAUACUCAUCAAAUCUAGCAAGCAAUAACAAGCGAGUAGAUCUUUUCGAUGGACCUUCAGAAGAACACAUGGAAGAGAAUGUCUUAUUAGCUUCAAACAUGUCCAAUCAAGAACUCAUGGAUAAAGGAAACUCCAUGAUGGAUGACACAGAUCAAGCCAUUGAGAGGGGGAAAAAGAUUGUUCUAGAGACUAUAAAUGUGGGAACAGAUACUUCAGCAGCUCUUAAGGCUCAGACCGAGCAAAUGAGUAGAGUUGUCAAUGAACUCGAUUCUAUUCACUUCUCACUCAAGAAGGCUUCCAAGCUGGUCAAGGAAAUUGGUAGGCAGGUUGCCACGGACAAAUGUAUUAUGGCAUUUCUUUUCCUUAUCGUCAUUGGUGUCAUAGCAAUCAUCAUCGUCAAGAUUGUGAACCCAAACAACAAAGACAUCCGCGACAUACCGGGCCUAGCUCCACCAGCCAUGAACAGACGUUUACUCUGGAACCAGUACUGA